AUGAGUAACCACUCAUUGUGUAUUUUACACGCUGUUCUGAUGUUGGUGACUGUCAUUGCCAUCAGCGGGAGAGGAGUACAAGGUAUAAACCAGCUUAAAUCAGUAGCCGAAACAUGUCUCACUGGAAAUACAGUCCGCCUCCACUGCGAGGAAGACACAUGGAUCCACAUUCACUCUGUAAGACUACUCAAUCAGGCAGACAAUAUCACCACAGCGCUGUGUGAUUCCUCUCAAUGUGACCGUCCUCACAUCAUGUCCGACAUGGUGUCCAUCUGCACUGGACUGACCAACUGUACCUUUCAGCUGACCAACAAGAGUUGUGGGUAUAACAUCAACCAGACCACUCCUCAAACCUCACUCACAGCAAACUAUGAAUGCAUACCUGCCAAAACUGCCAGCUUAUUUUGUUCACCAACAGCUCCAACAGAUUACAUGUUCAGUGAACAAUUCCCCAUUAGUAACAACAACAGCAACUGUCAGUGUCAUCUGACAUCCACAGCAAGUGUCAACAUCACUGUUUUGCUAAGUCAUUGCCAAGGCCUCGUUCAGCUCUACUCAGGGAAUGCCACCUAUGACAUAUGCAGUGCGUCUCCAGCGUGGAAUAUUCCUUUUGGAAACAGAACUUUCCAAAGUUCUUCUAACGCCAUUUCUAACCCAUAUGGUAGACUCUGGAUAAAAAUCCAAGAUCCAUCUUCAAUAAACCUGACAUGUUCCCAUAAAACCACUACAUCAAUGACAGAGUCUAGCACAAUUGCUCCCAGCAGCACAACUACUGCAAUCAAGGUUGUUCCAUACCAACCUGAACACAAAUUAACACCAAAAGAAGUGGCCUUCAAAAAUGCAGGCUGGCUGAUUGGCAUUGCAUUUGCCAGUGCAGUUGUGAUAUUUUUCCUUGCUAUUACUCUUAUCUACUUUAGGAGAAGACAUAUUGAAAAAAGACAAACUCGUAGGCAGCAGCAGUUGAGCCAGAGGUUUGAGAAAUUCGACAAUAUCCCAGACACAAAUGAUGACCAAGACAUGAGUCCCAGUGGGAAUACAGACAGCAGGUCCAUGCCAAUCAAACUGACUGGACAAAGAAGAAAAUACCAAGCAGAUGACGAAACCCUGCAACUGAAACCCCAAAGGGGCAACCAGUAUGAGAGUGUUGCUCUUCAUGCUUUUAACAACCAGGCAUUUCUCGAGGAUCUUGAGAUGCCAAACGUACAAAUCCAGCCCAGACGAGUGUCCGUUUCAGAUGUGCCACAAUCCUCUACACCUCCUGCUAUGAAAGUUCACUUUGAGGAUACCAUAUUUGAGAAGGGGGAAUGGAGAAGAAGUGAAGGAGCUUUCCAAAACAAAAGACCAUCAGUGAAAAAAUCAAACAGUCCCAAAUCAGACUUUGACUGGCUUAAUCCUAACUCAGACUAAAUCACAUUUUCUGACAGACUUUUGAAUAUAACUGUCCAAGAACAAUCUCAUCAAGUGCCAAUCAAGUAUUUAUAUACAAUUUCAAAACUUAGCACAUGUAGCACAGAUAGCAAAAUAUUUGUAAAUAACUCUUACUUUCAUGCAAAAUGGCAUCUACCUGAAACAGUAUUAACUGCUGAGCUCUAAUGUAUAUUGGGCUAAAAAAAGAGUGCAAUCAUAAGCUGUGAUAUAGACUUGCACAUUCCAAAAUUGUUGAGAAAAAGGAAUACGAUAUUGAAAAACAGAUGGUACAUGUAACUGCUUACCAAUAAGUUAUAAAAAACUUCAUAAUUUCAAAUAUGCAACACAUACUUUUAACCCCAAUUUGAGUAUAAUAAUUUUAACUGUUACAAUAUAUUCCUUUACACACAUUAUCCUCACAUUAAUAUAAUACACUUUUUGUCGAAGCAGUUUGUAAAUAAUCGAGUCAUGCACAGGCAAUUUUAGUGCAGGUGGCAGUUGGUUUCUCAAUUUUUCUUACAAAGAAAAUUAUAAAUGAAAUAAUAUAAAAAAUCACAUGUAAGCACACCCCACAUGUAGCUGUGAUCAGUUUGAAGUGCACUGAAGUGUGGUUUGUAACCUGCCUAUU